AUGGCUGAGAACUACUCUGUGACAAAUGAAUUCAUCCUGGUGGGAUUCUCAGAUCACCCAAACCUGAAGAUCCUUCUAUUCCUGGUUUUCUUAGCCAUCUAUCUGGUCACCAUGGUGGGAAAUAUCGGACUGGUGGCCUUGAUCUACAUGGAACGCCGUCUUCACACACCCAUGUACAUCUUUCUGGGAAACCUGGCUCUCAUGGAUUCCCUGUGCUCCUGUGCCGCUACUCCCAAGAUGCUACAGAACUUCUUUUCUGAGGACAGAAAGAUGUCUCUCUAUGAAUGCAUGGCACAGUUCUAUUUUCUUUGUGUUGCUGAAACUACAGACAGCUUUCUUCUGGCAGCAAUGGCCUAUGAUCGCUAUGUGGCCAUAUGCAACCCGCUGCAGUACCACACCAUGAUGUCCAAGAAACUAUGCCUUCAGAUGACCAUAGGAUCCUACAUAAUAGGAAAUGUGCAUCCUAUGGUUGAAGUGGGGCUUUUAUUAAGGUUAACUUUCUGUAGGUCACAUGUAAUCAAGCAUUUCUUUUGUGAUAUCCUUCCAUUAUAUAGAAUCUCCUGUACUGAUCCACAUAUCAAUGAACUAACAUUAUUUAGCUUUGCAGGGUCAAUUUUAGCGAGUACUAUUACUAUAGUUCUUGUGUCCUAUUUUUAUAUACUUUUCACUAUAUUCAAAAUGAAGUCUAAUGAGGGUAGAGGGAAAGCCUUAUCAACGUGUGUGUCCCACUUUCUGUCUGUAUCCAUAUUUUAUGGUUCUCUUCUCUUCCUGUAUGCACAACCGCAAGCAGUCAUUGAUGGAGAUAAAGAUAUACCCGUAGCUAUUUUCUAUACCCUAGUAAUUCCUUUAUUGAACCCUUUCAUUUACAGUCUGAGAAAUAAGGAAGUAAUAAAUGUGAUGAAAAAAAUCAUGAAGACCCAUGCCAUCUUCCGAAAUGUAUCAUAA